AUGUGCCGCACAAUCGCUGAGCCAUUCCUUUACUCAAAAAUUCGAAUGAUUUGGCCAGAAGCUCAGCCUGAUCCUCCUCCCCCAAUCACUCAACUCUUACGGACACUCGUAUCCAGGCCUCAGCUGGCUGCUUACAUUACAAACGUUCACCUUGACGGCAAGCUCUAUUAUCUCCAUAAUUUUCGAUUCAGAUUUCCUAAACUUCCCGUCUCCGGCGCUGAACUUGAAGAACUGGUGGCAUUCAUCCACGGGACUGGAGUCCCCUAUAGCGACCUUUGGAUACAGGAAUUGCGCCAAGGUACACCGGAUGCUUUUGUUGCUCUCCUAUUAGCACAGCUCUCGAAUGUGAGAUAUCUGUACCUUGCCCGCGAGUUCACUCGACAGACUGCAAUUGUCGGUAUGGUUCUCCGAUCAGCGAUCUGUGAGCCCGUGGAUUAUGGCCUGCCCGACUUUCGGCAUCUCCGAGAUGUCUCUUUCCUCCAACCCGACGGUAAGGAUGAUGCACGCGAUAAGAAAGUCAAAAAUACACGAGAUAUCUUGCCAUUCUUUUAUCUACCGAGUGUCCAACGCAUGUCAGCUUCGAUUGAGAACCCAGUUGAAUUUAUAUGGCCUGCAGCACACUUACCUGUCCCAUCGAAGCUCACGUUACUUGAGUUGACCGUUGUCCGGGAGGCGUAUCUUGGUGAACUGCUUGCAGUCACCCGGAAUCUUGAAACCCUUCGCUGGCAUUGGUAUUAUGAUUUUGGUGUUCGGGAUAGGGUCGUUACGCCUAUCGUUGAUCUUGACCAGAUUGUAGCUGCGAUAUCUCAUGCUCGUGGUACUCUGACGGAUUUGAGCCUCUCAGCCAAGUGCGACUUAGGAGGCAAUGACCAACUUCUUCCUGGCAUAAAGACAGAGGGCUCGUUCCAAGGGAUGGUCAAUUUUGACAUGCUUAGGAGACUUCAAGUCCCCUGGCCAUUCCUGGUGGGGUUCGCGCUGGACAUGACGAAACGAUUGCAGGAUGUGAUUCCAAGGAAUAUCGAAUUUCUAACCAUCACGGACGACUUGAGGCCACAGAAUGAUUGUAGAAUGGUAGACGAAUGGCCUGAAUGGGAGUGGACGAAUGGCGACAUUCUAGGCUUGCUUCAAUCAUGGCUAAAGGAUUGGACGGCAUGCACGCCGCAUCUUCGCGGAAUUACUCUGCUACUAAGCUGGAUAUGUGAUUACGAUGAAUGGUCCCCUAGGAUGAGGGACCAGCUCAGGGAGCUAGGUGCUCACGCUGGAGUUCAACUCGAGCUAAUCGAGUUGGAUGUUGAACUUUUCUAA